AUGGCGCCGGCAAAGCACCUCCUCGCCCGCCUGUCCCAGCGCCGCUUCCUAGCCACGGCGUCGAACCCCAACGCACCGCCGACCUUCAAAGUCUUCAACCGCGCCGUCAAGCGGCUGCAGCGUGACCGCGCCGCUGCAAAUAAGGAGGCGAGCAGGAACGUGGACUAUCUUAAAGAUGAAGUCGCUGAUCGUCUUGUUGAGCGCAUCCUCCUAAUCAACCGGCCCCUCCCGCGCGUCCUCGACCUCGGCGCCGGCGCCUGCCACAUCGCCCGCUCCCUCACCAAGCCACGCCCGGACGAGCCCACCCCCGUCGCAUCCCGCAUCUCGCACCUGGUGUGCACCGACAUGUCACCGGCGCUGCUGCACCGCGACGCCGACGCACCGUGGAACUCUGAACUGAGCAUCGAGCGCAUCGUGGCAGAUGAAGAGUCGCCUCUCCCGUUCGAGGAGAAUAGUCUAGACGCCGUGGUCAGCAGCUUGAGCAUGCAGUGGAUCAACGACCUCCCCGGGGCGCUGGCACAGAUACGGCACCUGCUGAAGCCCGAUGCACCGUUCAUCGCGGCCAUGGUGGGCGGCGACACGUUGUUUGAGCUGCGGACGUCGCUGCAGCUCGCCGAGUCUGAGCGGCUGGGCGGCGUGAGUCCGCGGGUGAGUCCGUUGGCGGAUGUGAGGGAUGUGGGCGGGCUGUUGCAGACGGCCGGGUUCAGGCUGCUGACGGUGGAUGUGGACGAUAUUGUGGUUGAUUAUCCGGAUGUGUUUGCGCUCAUGAUGGAUCUGGGGGCGAUGGGGGAGGGGAAUGCGGUGCUGGGGAGGAAGGAGGGGCCCAUCGAGAGGGAUGUGUUGGUGGCGGCGCAGGCGAUUUAUAAAGAGCUGCAUGGGAAUGAGGAUGGGACGCUGCCGGCGACGUUUAGGAUUAUCUAUAUGAUUGGAUGGAAGGCGAGUGAGAACCAGCCAAAACCACUGCCGAGGGGGAGCGGGCAGAUCAGUAUGAAGGACAUACUGGAGGGCAGCACCACCCCAGGAUCCGGAGAGGAGGGGGAGGGGGAGAAGAAAUAG